ACAAGCAACCACUAUGCGAGGGCGCUAGCGUAUUCCGUGUUUAUUUCCAAGAUAGUUGAAAUAAGAAUGGCACCACCAAAACGUUUUAAAAAAGAUAAUGACAGAGGCAAAUGGAAGAAAAGGAAAGAAGAUCACGAAGAAUGUAUGGAUGAUGACUCUACCGAUGUUGUAGAAACAGAAGGAAUUCCUGAUGCUGCUAAAACUGAUAUAGAAAAACAAGAUGAAGGUGUUUUAGAAGAUGAAUUUGGUGCUAAAGAUUAUCGUUCACAAAUGACGUUAAAACCUGAUUGUGAAUCUAGGCCAUUAUGGGUAGCACCAAAUGGACAUAUUUUCUUAGAAUCUUUUUCACCGGUUUACAAACAUGCGCAUGACUUUUUGAUAGCAAUAUCAGAACCUGUUUGUCGACCAGAACAUAUUCAUGAAUAUAAACUAACGGCGUAUUCCUUGUACGCUGCUGUUAGUGUGGGCCUUCAAACGCAUGAUAUAAUAGAAUAUUUGAAAAGAUUGAGUAAAACUAGUAUACCUAAUGGUAUUGUAGAAUUUAUAAAGUUAUGUACGUUGUCGUAUGGAAAAGUGAAGCUUGUACUAAAGCGUAACAAGUAUUUUGUGGAGUCUCCAUUUCCAGAAGUAUUACAAACACUUUUGAAGGAUCCUGUUAUACAGCAAUGCAGAUUAAGAAAAAAUGUAGACGAUUUAGAAAAAGAUGAAAUUACAACAAACAUUGAAAAUAAGGGAAAGAGUAUAAAAUUUGGUGCUAAACCAUUAGCAAGCGGUCAAGCAGUUACUGCUGCUAAGCAAGCUGCUCCUGAAACCAAAGUCGAUCAAACGCCGUCAGAAAUGGCUGCUAUUCCCGAAGAUAUAACUACAUUUUAUGAAAAAAUUGAUAAAGAAGAUGAAGACGAAGAGGAAGAAUUAGAAUUAAAAACAGUUAGUUUUGAAGUAAAUCAAGAAAAAAUUGAAGUUAUACAAAAAAGGUGUAUAGAACUGGAAUAUCCGUUACUAGCAGAAUAUGAUUUUCGCAAUGAUAAUGUAAAUCCUGAUAUAAAUAUUGAUUUAAAACCAUCAGCAGUCCUGAGGCCUUAUCAAGAGAAAAGUUUACGCAAGAUGUUUGGCAACGGACGUGCUAGAUCAGGCGUUAUAGUCCUGCCAUGCGGUGCAGGAAAAAGUUUAGUCGGCGUAACAGCUUGUUGUACGGUACGAAAGCGUGCUUUGGUACUCUGUAAUUCUGGAGUAUCUGUAGAACAAUGGAAACAGCAAUUUAAAAUGUGGUCUACUGCUGACGAUUCUAUGAUUUGUCGAUUUACCAGCGAAGCCAAAGACAAACCUAUGGGUUGUGGUAUUUUAAUUACCACGUAUUCUAUGAUAACGCAUACGCAAAAACGUUCCUGGGAGGCCGAGCAAACUAUGCGAUGGCUUCAAGAACAGGAAUGGGGAAUUAUGGUUUUAGAUGAAGUACAUACGAUUCCUGCUAAGAUGUUUAGAAGAGUAUUAACGAUUGUACAGUCUCAUUGUAAAUUAGGAUUAACAGCUACAUUAUUGCGAGAAGAUGACAAAAUCGCAGAUCUCAAUUUCUUAAUUGGUCCUAAAUUAUAUGAAGCUAAUUGGUUGGAAUUACAAAAACGGGGAUUCAUAGCCAGAGUACAGUGUGCCGAAGUAUGGUGUCCUAUGACGCCUGAAUUUUAUAGGGAAUAUCUUGUAUGCAAAACAAAUAGGAAACUAUUAUUAUAUGUAAUGAAUCCAAAUAAGUUUCGAAGUUGCCAAUAUUUGAUUAGAUACCACGAAAGACGUGGCGAUAAAACAAUUGUCUUCUCGGAUAAUGUAUUUGCAUUAAAACAUUAUGCUAUUAAAAUGAAUAAACCUUAUAUUUAUGGACCAACUAGCCAAAGCGAACGAAUACAGAUAUUGCAAAAUUUUAAGUUUAAUACAAAAGUUAAUACAAUAUUUGUCAGUAAAGUAGCUGAUACUUCUUUCGAUUUACCAGAAGCAAAUGUAUUAAUUCAGAUUUCUUCGCAUGGCGGCUCCAGACGUCAAGAAGCUCAACGAUUGGGACGUAUAUUGAGAGCUAAAAAAGGUGCUAUUGCGGAAGAAUACAACGCCUUCUUUUAUACGUUAGUAUCGCAAGAUACUAUGGAAAUGAAUUAUUCAAGGAAACGUCAAAGAUUUCUCGUUAAUCAAGGUUACGCUUAUAAAGUUAUUACCAAGUUGGCAGGUAUGGACGAUGAACCAGAUUUAAUGUAUGGUUUAAGAGAAGAUCAAGGACAGUUACUGCAACAAGUCCUUACUGCCAGCGAUAUGGAUGCGGACGAGGAAAGAAUUCCUGGGGAAGGUAUAAGAUCGGUUACAAUGAAGGCAGGAAAUAUGACGUCGCUAUCAGGAGCAGAUGAUGCUGUCUACUAUGAAUAUAAAAAAGCACCGAGUUCCUCGACAGCUAACAAACAUCCGCUAUUUAAAAAAUUCAGGACUUAAGAGUUUUACAGUAGAAUCUAGUAUCUUUAUGGUACAACAAUUGCUUUAUAAUGUCCUAUAUUUAUGAGUUGUAAGAAUUGUAAGUGAUAUAAGAUAAAUCAAAGUUACGAAGCAUGCUGCGUUAUAUCAUUUAGGAUUAACAAUUUACAUAGAUAGCACAUUGAAUAAAUCAAAUGUAAUUUU